GUACCACGUCACGUAUAAUAUUGGGUUGGCGAUUCGCAGCGAUGGCGACUCGAUUCUUCUACGGGACGUAUUGAAACUGGCCUCGGAUAUGACAAAUGUAUUUCCUAACGUGUAAUUUAUUGCAAACCCAGUGCACGGAUCUUCAACUGGAUCAUUAACGUUUCUAUUGUCAUUGCUUUCUCUCUGAAUUCAAUGUCUUCACUCUAACUGAAAUUUGCAAAACAGGAUCAUCAGGAUAGCACCUCAUCUGUUGCUUGUUCUCUUUUGACUUAGAUUUGGGGUCCAGUGAAGAAGGCCUGUGUUCCUUGUCCAGUGACCCACACUCCUUCACAAGGGCCAUGGAGGAGGAGGGGCCGCAGAGCAUGGAAUGUAUCCAGGCCAAUCAGAUCUUCCCCAAGAAGCCCCCAGUCCUGGAGGAGGGGAGCCUGCAGGUGCCCUUUCCCGAGCUGCAUGGGGAGUUCACAAAGUACGUGGGGAGAGCGGAGGAUGCAAUCAUCGCCAUGUCCAGCUACCGCCUCCACAUCAAGUUCAAAGAGUCCAUCGUAAAUAGUGACAGUUGUUGUGAGGUGUCAAUCCCUCUGCAGCUCAUAGAGACUGUGGAGUGUCGUGACAUGUUCCAGCUCCAUGUCACCUGCAAGGACUGUAAGGUCAUCAGGUGUCAAUUCUCCACCUUAGAGCAGUGUCAGGAGUGGCUGAAGCGGCUGAACGCUGCGGUCCGCCCUCCGUCUUGCUUGGAGGACCUCUUCUCCUUCCCCUUCCAUGCCUGGUGUGUGGACGUGUACGCCGGGGAGAAGGAGCAGCACGGGGAGCUGUGCAGGCCAGGAGAGCAUGUGACCUCCUGGUUCAAGAAUGAGGUGGAGAGGAUGGGCUUUGACACUCAAAACGCCUGGAGGAUAUCUGACAUCAACAGCAAGUUCAGGCUGUGCUCCAGCUAUCCGCAGCAGCUCCUGGUGCCAGCCUGGAUCACAGACAAGGAGCUGGAGAACGUGGCAGCCUUCCGCUCCUGGAAGAGGUUCCCGGCCGUUGUGUUCAGGCACCAGAGCACUGGGGCUGUGAUCGCCCGCUGCGGCCAGCCGGAGGUCAGUUGGUGGGGCUGGAGGAAUGCAGACGACGAGCACCUGGUCCAGUCCAUCGCCAGGGCCUGUGCUGUGGACUGCAGCUCCCGCAAACACCUGGCAAACGGAUCCUACAUCAAUGGAACCAAUGGAAUCAUCGGCACCAAUGACCUCGUGGACACUGACUUCGAAUCGUCCCUGACGAACAGCUCGGAGGUAGAGACGCUGGCCAUCCAGCCACAAAAGCUGUUGAUCCUGGAUGCCAGGUCCUAUGCAGCCGCUGUGGCCAACAGGGCCAAGGGAGGGGGCUGUGAAUGCCCAGAGUACUACCCCAACUGUGAGGUGGUGUUCAUGGGCAUGGCCAACAUUCACUCCAUCCGCAAGAGUUUCCAGUCCCUGCGCUUCCUCUGCACCCAGAUGCCAGACCCAGCCAACUGGCUGUCUGCUCUGGAGAGCACCAAGUGGUUGCAGCAUCUGUCUCUGCUGCUGAAGGCUGCCCUGCUGGUGUUGAACGCUGUGGACCGCGACCACAGACCUGUUCUGGUGCACUGCUCUGACGGAUGGGACCGCACGCCCCAGAUCGCUGCCCUGUCCAAGCUCUUGUUGGACCCAUACUACCGCACCAUUGAGGGUUUCCAGGUGCUGGUGGAGACUGAGUGGCUGGACUUUGGCCAUAAGUUUGCUGACCGCUGUGGCCACGGAGAGAACUCAGAGGACCUGAACGAGCGCUGCCCGGUCUUCCUGCAGUGGCUGGACUGUGUUCACCAGCUCCAAAGGCAGUUCCCAUGCUCCUUUGAGUUCAAUGAGGCCUUCCUGGUGAAGAUGGUGCAGCAUUCCUACUCGUGUCUGUUUGGCACCUUCCUGUGCAACAGUGGGAAGGAGAGGGAGGACCGUCAGGUUCGGGAGAGGACCUGUUCCGUGUGGUCACUGCUGCGACCAGCCAACCGCGCCUUGAGGAACAUGCUCUACUCCUCCCACUCUGAGACUGUGCUCCACCCAGUGUGUCAUGUACGUAACCUGAUGCUGUGGACGGCAGUCUACCUUCCCAGCUCCUCCCCCACCACGCCCUCUGACGAGUCGUGUGCACCCUAUCCUGUGCCAGGUGCCAACCCUGAGGACACUCCCCUGGGCAGACGUCCGAAGACCCGUUCCUUCGAUAACUUGCCCAGCGCAUGUGAGCUGGGGAGCUCGCUUGCCCCCAACCGGCGCUCCAGUGACCCAAACCUGAAUGAGAAGUGGCAGGACCACCGGCGCUCUCUGGAGCUCAACAUCGCUAUGGGGCCUGAUGGAGGGGGAGCUCUGGAAGGGCGUGCUAACGGCCAGCCUGGAGCAGCAGGGCCUCAGGCAGGCACGGCCGACUCUGAGCCGGAAGAUAGCCCUGAAGGAGGGCAGAUUGAGCUGAGAGACAGAGCCUCCAAGGGGUUGUUAGCAGCAGGAGAAGAGCUUGAGCUCUCCAUUGAGCUCGCUGUGGCAGAGGGACAGAUGGAAAACAUUCUCCAGGAAGCAACAAAGGAGGAGGUUGGUGCCGAUACUCAGAGAGAAGCUAACGCUGCUGCUCCUCCUAUUGCUGUGGCUCAAACUCUAUUUGAUGCUAUUGUUAAUGGAAGAGAGACGGAGAAAGAGGCCAGCACCAGUGAUGGUAAGGCUGAUAAACAAAGUAACAUCAAUGGGGCUAAGAAUCAGACGGAGGCUACUAUCACCAAUGGGCAUCACCCAGAGAAGGGCACAGAUGAACCUGAGGAGUCAUCUAGUGUCUCUCCAGGCAGUCCCACAGACGUUCCAGAGGAGCAGGAGGUGGACGUUCCAGAGGAGCAGGAGGUGGACGUUCCAGAGGAGCAGGAGGUGGACGUUCCAGAGGAGCAGGAGGUGGACGUUCCAGAGGAGCAGGAGGUGGACGUUCCAGAGGAGCAGGAGGUGGACGUUCCAGAGGAGCAGGAGGUGGACGUUCCAGAGGAGCAGGAGGUGGACGUUCCAGAGGAGCAGGAGGUGGACGUUCCAGAGGAGCAGGAGGUGGACGUUCCAGAGGAGCAGGAGGUGGUAGAGAAGCAGGAAGAAGUGCUGGUGAAGCAUGUUCUGGUGAACCGUACUGCCCAGGAGGAGCCAGACCACAACCCUAGCACCAGCACCCCCAGCCCAGCCCAUGCUGCCCUUAGAACUAUGAUCAAUAGCUUUGGAGAGAGGACACCAGUGGCUGCUGAGAAUCACCUUCCACCAGAGCUGAAGUCAAGCAGAUAUCUCUCAGAGGUCCUGGUGCAGGCUGACAAGACGGCCUCCCUCAUGGAGAGCUCAACAGAGACUCUGACUGAAGAGGCCUGCACCAGGCCAGAGGCCCCAGGGCAGGUACCCAUCUGUGCAGGCCCCCAGCCCUGCUCUGAAGGUAGGAGUCAACCCCCCUGCCACAGGAGAGUGAACGGGGAGGCAGAGCCAGAGCAGGGGGCACCCAGGACUUCAAAUGGAGGACACAAGCGGCCCUCCGUCAGUGCCUUCCAGUCUUUGAGUGCUGAUCCCAGCAGGGAGGGACCGUGUAAUGGCGAGAGCUUGGAGGGGGAGCCCUGCAGUGGCCCUCACUGGGCUAAAGUGAAUGGGGAGCGGGCCCCACUGAGCCGCCAGGUAUCCCUGGCCUCCUGCAGCUCCCUGACCCACCACCGCCGGGGCAGCUGCUCCCAGCACCGCUGCCUCCAUGCCCUACUGGGGCGCCCUGCCGCCACACCCAGCCCCGAGCAGCCGGCCCGCAGUCACCUGGACGAUGACGGGCUGACGCUCCACACGGACGCCAUCCAGCAGCGGUUGAGGCAGAUCGAGGCAGGCCACCAGAUGGAGGUGGAGAUGCUGAAGAAGCAGGUGCAGGAGCUGUGGAGCCGCCUGGAGAGCCAUCACCAUGCAGCGUCCCUCAGGAUCAACGGAGAUCUGGGAGACGAAGUGACCUCAAUGACAGACUCUGAGUAUAACCUGGAUGCUAGCUGCUUGUCCCGCUGCAGCACAGAGCUCUUUUCCGAGGCUAGCUGGGAGCAGGUGGACAAGAAUGACACUGAGGUGACCCGCUGGUACCCGGACCACUUGGCAGCCCAGUGCUACGGGUGUGAGAGUAGGUUCUGGCUCGCCACCAGGAAACAUCACUGCAGUGACAGGGAGCCUGUCCAAGAGGUCUGGAACUGUGGGAAUGUGUUCUGUGCCAGCUGCUGCGACCAGAAGAUACCCGUGCCAAGCCAGCAGCUGUUUGAGCCCACCCGUGUUUGUAAGACCUGCUACGGCAGCCUCCAGAUCAAUACAGCUCCCAAUCCCAUGGAACUGGAGCUGGAAGAACCCAUCACAGCCAGCUCCAACUAGGGCCCUGGGAGGGGCUAGGCCGAGCCCCCCAGCCAAUACUCAGCUAGCCACUGACACGGUCAGGCACUCUACUGAUGAGCUCAGGAGCUGCAGAAUGUCCCAUGUACGUGUUUGCUGCAAAAUAUGGAUUUUCAUGUAUAUAGGUCUGCAAUGCCAGAUGUAGUGGAGGAGGUGAACAAGGUGUUUUUGCUAGAUGCUAAGCACUUUGAAUGGUGGUUAUGCACAGGAAUGGAUGAAUGGACAGAUUGAUGGGUGUGUGACAACACACAGAGGACUGCUGGUAGUGUUUGUUGACGUGGUGUAGGACUGGGGCAGCGAUAGAGCAAGGAUAGCCUGUCUGGUCCUGCUGUCCAGGGGGGGCACGAGAGGGUCAUCUCCGAAUGAUGCUGCAAAGUCUUCUUGAGGGCUUGUUCAUUUUUUUUUUAAACCCACUUAUAGUUCUCUUACAGGAGUGGUACCAUCAUCCAUCCCCUAGGGACUUUUCUGAAGCUCCAGUGCUUCAGAAACCACUUCUAGUGUCCAGAAUAGGGCUGGACUGUGUUGGCAAGACCUUCCAUUGACUUUUGGGGAACACCUGGAUGAACUUGGGCAGAAUUUCAACUUGAGUUAUGUGUCUGAAGUUAGGGCUCUGCCCUAAGCAGGGAGGGUAUUUGGGAGUUACUGAGAUCUAACAAGUGUUAGUUUUUGAAUUGCAUCAAUGUAUGAAUCCUCUCAUAGCUGGUUCCAUUUUGCAACUCUCUUGGCGUGAAUAGGUGCCACACACUAAUGGUAGACGGUGUAGAUAAUGUUGACAGCUGGUAUUAUGACAGAGCUUCUGAACCAAUGCCCGCGUUCAAAACAACUGGGAACUCAGAUCAAUCAUGUCAGUGAUCGUCAGGUCGGCAAGUCAGAGCUCUAGAAAGAGGCCUGAAUGCCCAAGUUGGAAUUCCGAGUUGGAUGACUGUUCACAUAGAUUUUUACCAGUCGGAACUAGUUUUUUUUACGAGUUUCCAGUUGUUUUGAACGCGGCAUAAAUUUAAUUUGGCAUUGUCACUUGUUUUCAGAGACCUAAAUAAGCUUGAGGAGAGGCUGUGGAAAUGCAUUCAUUUACUCUGCCCAUCACUUCAAAUUAGGAUGACCCCCCCCAAUUUACCCAGCAGGCACAUGGUGGCACUGAAGUGGACAUGACAUCACGUUCAAUCCAUCACAACCAGGGUUUAAUAGGAAGUGGUGUAAUGGUUGUCAUGGGGUCACUAAGGGAUGUGCUUUAGUCAUGUUACUGUAUCAGUGUCCUCCUGUGAUGACAGGAACUCAUUUACCAAUGUGUCCUCAUCUGCAGGAUGGGUGAAUUAUUACCCAACACUGACUGCUUAUUUAGUAACUAACUUCCUUGAACAUAAUGAAACAGCCCUAAAAUAUUACGUUGAGUCAUACAUGCAUCACAAUCUUUCCCUUUGAACAUCCUCAACCACCAUUGCGUCAUGUCCUAUAUAAACCGAGGAAGUGCUGGAUAGUACCAGGGGAUGAAAUGUAUAGUACUGUGUCUCUGUGGAACAUCCAGUGUUGUUCUCUUAGCUGGUUAGCUCAGUUUUCUCCUGCUGAAUUGAGAAGUCACUUAUUUCAUCUCUCUUCAAUAAACUCCUCUCAGAUACAUUUUUAACAUAAAUAAUAUAUUCAGAAAAGUAUAUAGCGUUUAAGAAACGAUGUAUAGAAGAAUCCUUUUAUAGUGGCUUACCAAAUUAGUCACCAUAAACCUUUUCAUUUGUAUCUUUUUCUUUUGCUGAUUGCUGAAAAAAACUCAUUUCAACCUGUUGGAAACAGGAAUCUUUAUUUUUUUAAGGGGGCAUGUUCCUGUUUUGAUGCUGCAGUGGUUUUCCAUUUUAUUGCGAUCAGUACCUGUUUUCAUUAUUUAUUGAUGUUGUAUUCUUGAAUUGCUGUCUCAAAUUUAGACAAUUACAUUGCCACAGGAUAAUCAGUGUUUAUCAGUAGUGGAUCUUAAGGGCCGCGAGAAAAGAUGGCCCAAAUCGAUGAGAUUCGCAUGCACUGACAGAAUGGUGGUCAGAAACAACAACCUAAUACUAUACCCCCCACCUCCCACUCACAUACGGUCACGCAUACCCCACUCAUAUACAGUACAUGUACACACUACCUCUACCAUACAGACAGGAGCUCCACACACUCAUACAUGCACACAGAUAUUCUCACUGUGCUUGUAGUAGUUGAUAUUUGCUUUUCAGAUGUUCGCCAUCAAUAUUGGCCUUUUGUUAUUAAUGAUUUUGGGGUUUUACGAGAAUUAAAUGUACAAAUACAACCCUAUACGAUGUCAAAUUAUAUCCUUCAAGACUGCCAAUCAUUAAUAAUGCCACUUGUCGUACUAGCAGGACACAAAUGAAUCACGGGAUUUCAGCAAUUGUUAUUAUUCACAACUCUCUACCUGAUCAGCAGACUGUGUGAAAGAGCCAUGUAUAGUUUGGACAGCCAUCUUGUAAAACCAUCUGAGGGCUUAGACCAAACUCUUGACUGUUGAUCUCUUUCAAUGACCCCCUGAAUAGCUUAUACUGUGUACAUUUCAAUGGCUGGACUAAGUGGUCCAUAGCUUCAGAUCUCAAAGCCAUGUGGGUCUUUCUGGUCAUACUUUCCCAAACUGAGGUUUGACAUUGAGGGCUAAAUUAGGUUCAGAGUAAUGCUUCUUUAGACACUCAUUUACUUCUGGCUUCCAUUAGUGUCCCUGUCGCACUCUGGCAUGGCGAGGCUAGAGGCUUGUAGGGCAGUUUCACCAUUAGUUGUUUUGCAUAGCAUUUCAGUUAAAGUAGACACUGCCACAGAAAUACAUCAAACAAUAAAGCUAAAAAUGAGUCUGUUCUAUUCAGUAUUUUUGACUGGUCACCCACAGAAGGACUCCCAUGAGGGAUGAGCCUGUUUUUUCUUUUGGUGCUGUUGCGGGGCAUAGCUGGAUAUGAUGAUGGGAGUAUGUGGAGGGGUUGGAUUUACACAUUGUCUGUCUGGAGGAGCCCUUACACUUUGUCCAGUUGGGUUUUUGAGUUAUUUUGAUCUUCUUUGGCUUUCAUUUCUCUUCCCUCGUGUGAUUUAAGAAGCUGUCCAUCACGUAGUUCCCCAUAGGAGGCAUCCCUGCAAUGGCCCAGGAAUCCGGUGUAAAUGCAAGUGUUUCCGAGCGUGUGUGUCAGAGGGAAACUGGUGCCAAGCAGUUCUUAUACAGGCUUUUAACAAAGCAGUGGAGUCUGCUGAGAGACGGCUCAUAAUAAUGGCCCGACCAGCGCAAAUGGAAUGGCAUCAAAUACAUGGAAACCAUGUUUAAUCUAUUUGAAACUAUUCCCACUCCAGCUAUUACCAUGAGCCCGUCCUCACCAACCUCCUAUGUAAUAAAGGGAUAACUAAUGUGCUUUUGAUUUGUUUUCCUCCUUUACCGUUAUCUUAACAAGCACUUUCAACCUUCUCAUGUAUCGUCGGUGGCAGAGGACUUUGUAGCUGUUUCCUGUAACAGGACAUAGCAGUUUCUUGUAACAACAAGUGCUCUUUUUGUUUAGAAUGUUUAUUUUUGUUUUGUUGAAUUUAUUUUAAAGAGCAUUACAUUGAUGUAGAAAUAAAGGAAAAUAAAGUGG